AUGCCUCUCGCAAAGGAUCUCCUUCAUCCCUCUCUGGAAGAGAAGAAGCGGAAACACAAGAAGCAGCGCCUGGUGCAGAGCCCCAACUCCUAUUCCAUGGAUAUGAAAUGCCCAGGAUGCUAUAAAAUCACCACAGUUUUCAUCCAUGCACAAACAAUAGUUUUGUGUGUUGGCUGCUCCAUUGUCCUCUGCCAGCCUACUGGAGGAAAAGCAAGACUUACAGAAGGAUGUUCCUUCAGGAGGAAGCAGCACUAA